AUGAUUAGUAAAGGUGACAAGGCGGUGUGUGUUUUAUGUUCUGGAACAUCGUCUGUGAAAUGGCAUUUUGAAACAAAUCACAAAUCCGUUAGUCAAAAAAGCAAACCAGAGCAAAAAGAAUUAAUUGCAAGUGUAUUGAAAGACAGAAAUAAACAGUCAACAUCUAUGACUGAAUAUGUUCGCAAAAAUUGUCAUACGAGCGCGGCAAGUUACGCGGCUACAUAUGUCAUUGCUCGGCAUAGUAAACCUUUUCAAGAGGGAGAGUUUUUGAAGGAAGUCUGGUUAGCAUGCGCGUCCUCUCUUUAUGAUGAUUUCGAUAAUAAAGAUAAGAUAAUUCGGUGCAUCAAAGAUACUCCUCUUUCCAGAAACACAGUAAAAGAAAGAAUCUUAAAACUGGCCGAAAAUGUAACAGAUCAACAAAAAAUUAAUAUUAGUUCUGCUUCUUUUAUAUCUUUAUGUCUUGACGAAAGCACUGACGUCGCUAAAUCUGCUCGUUUAGCUGUUUUUGCUCAAUAUUACGUUGGAAACGUCAUUGAGGAAGAAUUAAUUGUGAUCAAAUCGUUGCUAACAACUGCAAAGGGCACUGAUAUUUGUACGGCUGUUAAAAAUUCCCUUGCUGAAAAAGAAAUAUAUUUUUAA